CUUCCUUGCUGGUUGGAGACUCAGCUACAGCUGUCUUCUCUCUCAGCGGGGAGGGGAGGGCGUGAGGGGCAGCAGAACGUGUCUCUCUCUGCCUCUCACCCAGAGCACCUCGCAGGGGCUUAGCGGACGCGAGGGGAGCGAAUGGGCAGAGCAGAAUCUCCAGAAGGGAAAAUGAGCAUCCAGGAUCCUUCAGAUCUGUGCAGCAGGUCGGACGGAGAAGCUGAGCUGCUCCAGGACUUGGGGUGGUACCAUGGUAACCUCACCCGACAUGCAGCCGAGGCUCUUCUCCUCUCCAAUGGAUGCGACGGGAGCUACCUUCUGCGGAACAGCAAUGAAAGGACAGGGCUGUACUCUCUCUCUGUGAGAGCCAAAGACUCCGUCAAACACUUUCACGUUGAAUAUACUGGAUAUUCAUUUAAAUUUGGCUUUAAUGAAUUCUCAUCUUUGAAAGAUUUUGUCAAGCAUUUUGCAAAUCAGCCUUUGAUUGGAAGUGAGACAGGCACUCUGAUUGUUCUGAAACAUCCCUAUCCAAGAAAAGUGGAAGAACCAUCCAUUUAUGAAUCCGUCCGGGUUCACACAGCAAUGCAGACGGGAAGAACAGAAAACGACCUCGUGCCCACUGCCCCUUCUCUGGGCACCAAAGAAGGUUACCUCACCAAACAGGGGGGGCUCGUCAAGACCUGGAAAACGAGGUGGUUCACUUUGCACAGAAAUGAACUGAAAUACUUCAAAGACCAGAUGUCACCAGAACCAAUUCGGAGCCUAGAUUUAACAGAAUGUUCGGCUGUACAAUUUGAUUAUUCACAGGAAAGGGUGAACUGUUUUUGCUUAGUAUUUCCAUUCAGGACAUUUUAUCUCUGUGCAAAGACAGGAGUAGAAGCUGACGAGUGGAUCAAGAUAUUACGCUGGAAGUUGUCUCAAAUAAGAAAACAGCUUGAUCAAGGGGAAGGCACAAUCCGAUCUCGGUCAUUCAUCUUUAAAUAGACAGACCUUCCUCGAUGAGGGAUGCCCUGACCCAGGAGCAGGGUGGAAUGUUCCUGAUGUUGUGAUCCACAGCAGGUUUCAGAUGAAAGCUAAGGAUUUUUCUGUAGAAACAAAUCAAAAGCAGAUGCGGAUUUGGACCUCUCAGAAGACACCACAUUUGCUGACUCACAGAAGACUGCUGCCCUUCAAGAUCCUGCCAUGUCCCUAAGAAUACCGAAGGCUCCUUGUUCUGAUGGAGACGGAUGAACCACUGCUACCAGGUGUGCUCGAUCUUAGAACACGUGAUGGGAGAUGGUUUUUGUUUUCCCUCAUUGUUGUCCCCAAGCUGGUUGACAUUAGUUACCCAAAGUCCCACUCUGCACCAGGGUCAACUCAUCUGACUUCCAAGUUGUGCUAUUAUCCAGGAAGGAAACAGCUAUAUAUGUAGCCCGAGGUUUAGACUACUUUUCAGAAAGUGUAUUGGGAUAGUAAAUGUCCAAGAUUGGGGCAGAGGAGCAGUGUUGUUUUUACUUUCUUUCCCCUUUAUACAAAAAACAAUUUCCAAAACUAAAAUGGAAAAUGUUUGUAGUAUUUAUUUUCUCUUUGUAAAAGGCUCAGAUAUCUACCGGGUCCUUUCUUCCCCUCUAAUGAUAAACCUGUGAGAACUAAAUCUCCUAUGGGCUAUUGGGUAAGAUGAUAAGGAUAAUGGAAGGUACAAUCUUAAAAAAGCAUCUCUUUUAGUCAUUUUGGGGGAAAUGCUUUAAAGAGUGAGAAAACAUAAAUUGAGGAAGAAUGAUAAAGUAGUAACUUGUAGUUUAAUAAUAAUUAUCACGAUAAUUAUUAUAACAAUAGAGCACUUGUAAGCACUAAGUUAUCUUCAUCCAACACUUCUCAAACAGACUGAAAGAAACUUUCAAAGUAGAGUGUGUUAUAACAAUCCCUUCCCCAGAGUGAGAGGGAGGUAUUUGCCCAAGAGAAGAAAGAUGUACCUUGCACUGCACGGAGCACCCUACACCUUAUUCAAGAGGAACUUCUUUUGUCUAUUGAGGGAGUAACACUAAAUCCACAUGCAAAGGGUAAUGCUGUGUUUGUUACACAGCAUUUUCAAGCCAGAACAAGGGGAUUGAAAUAGGGGGAUGAGAUACUGGCAUCCAGAGCUCCUAAAUAGAUUUUAACCCCUUCUAUUAUCUUUAUUAAUACUGCUUUUUUAGACUGAAGUUUGAAAGGAGACAAAAGUGGAGGAAGAGCCCAAAAAAAAAGGUUGUGGAGCAAAGCUAUGAUAUGACGCUGCUCUUGCAGUCCAAAGGGCUACCUUGUUGAAUACGUUUCUUGUUAUUUAAACAUCUAGGACUCAGAAAUUACAUUAAAUUUUUGUAUGUUUCAACAAGGUUUUUAAUGUAUUUUGUAAUGUUUGUAUCAUACGGAAUAUAGCAAAUGUCAAGUUAAAAUGUAUUGUGUUGGGCUUCCCUGGUGGCGCAGUGGUUGAGAGUCCGCCUGCCGAUGCAGGGGACACGGGUUCGUGCCCCAGUCCGGGAAGAUCCCACAUGCCAUGGAGUGGCUGGGCCCGUGAGCCAUGGCCGCUGGGCCUGCGCGUCCGGAGCCUGUGCUCCGCAGCGGGAGAGGCCACAGCAGUGAGAGCCCCGCGUACCGCAAAAAAAAAAAAAAAAAAAAGUAUUGUGUCAAGUUUGCAAAGUAAGGAGUUAGACAUAAAUCUUCACUGAAACGUACAGUUUUGUUUUCUUAGAUCCAAGGGUGUUGUGUAGGUAACAUUGUUUUCAUUUUUUGUAAAAUAUGUCAUGUUUAUUUACAUUCUUUGGUUAUGUUUAUUAAAAACAGCAUGAUUUUGCUGUGCCUGUAAUAUUUUGCUACUAAAGUGUUUUUAAUAACUGUAAUUUAAAAGAAAUAUAACCAAUUAAUAUCAUAAAUAGCAAUGAAGAGUCCACUUUGGUUAGACUAUGAGCUACAAAGGAUUGAAAGAUUCAGAGCUGAAGAAAUAGUCCCCGUCCUCAAGGAGUUUUCAGUUGAAUAUGGAAAAGAUAAGAAAUACAUCCAUGACGACGUACAGAAGUAAAUACGAUAAAUACUUCACGUGAGGCACACAAAGCUGUAUGAUGGAGUGGGCUUCAGCUGAGAUAAAGCCAUUGUUUGGAGGGUUUUGACAUGAAAAGGGCGAUCUAACAUACACCAUGCAAUUAGUACUACCCCAGAUGCUUUACCUGCUCUCUUUACCUGUCUCAGCCCUGAAAAGUGAUCAUGAUUUCACCCCGAGGGAUCUCAGGGAAGGGCCCUAGGACGAGGGAGGAUGAUUCGUGCCAAAUCGGAGUGGGGCUGUUUGGGAGAAUAGCUGUCUGUGUCAAGCUCUGUCGCUAACAGUAUGUGCUCAUCAUAAAGUACCUCAAGACACAGCCGAAGGAUUAGCAGUUAUUCUCAGAAUCCCCCCAACCCCGGGAAAAUCUCGCCCUGCAGAAGCACUGCUGCCUCUGGACCAGGAGCGCGCCCCGCUCAACGGUAAGAUGGCUGUUACUGCCUCGGAGGGAAACCCGUCCCUAUUCCUGGGCCACUGGACAGGAGGACACUCAGCAAGCCACAGGCCUCUCUCUCCAGCCCAAGGCACUCGGGAGACUGGGCUCUUUGGUCCUUCCCUCUCACUCACGCUCGGGGUGCAGGUCAGGGAGUUACACUGAGUCCCUGUUUCAGGCAGAGAGCAAGAGAAUUCUUACAGGAUGAAUAUAAACUCUACUUCCCUCCUCUACUGCUACUUCAGGUCAACUGCAGCAAACUUGUAGUUUUGCCAAAGUCUUCCCAGCCACGUUGAGCCUACACUCUGCUCACCACGAUUCAGGCUGUCUGGGCAUGACGUCGAGCAGAGCUUCUUAAAUUAUCUGUGGAAAAGGGCCAGAUUUAUUUUCUUUUAAAAUUUAUUUUCUAUCACAGACUGGGAAUUUGUAAAAUCCAGUAAGUUAUUAGAACACUGAAGUAAAAAUACAACUAUCACAAUCCCAGUUUUUAAAUCAAAGUCAAUAGACAUAGUAUGUCUGCUGUUUUUUAAACCCUUAACCCUCAACUUCUGUAACUUAUUUUAUACUAACAAACAGAACAGCCCAGUCUGUGGACAUUUCAAGUAGGUCUGGCUAGUGGACAGCCACGUAAAAUAAAGCAAGAGCCUUCUUGAGAAAGAAUUCAUCCUGAUGCUGCUAUGAAGGUAUUUCAUAGAUGUGCUUAAUAACAUCUACAAUCCCCUGAAUUUAUAUAAAAGAGGUUAUGCUCCAUAACAUGGGUGGGGCUCAUUCAAGCAGUUGAAAGGCCUCAAGAGCAAAACUGGGGUUUCCAUGGGGAAGAAAUGCUCCCUGUAGACUGCAGCCUCAGCUCCUGCCCGAGAUUUUCCAGGCUUCUGGCCUGCCCUGCAGAUUUUGGGGCUUGCCAAUUUCCAAAAUCAGGUAACCAGUCCCUUGAAUUAAGUCUAAUUCAUGUAUAUAUCCUACUGGUUGUUUUUUGGUGAACCCCAAGUGAUACAACUUUCUUUCCCAAAUACCUCAUCACCAUUUUAUUAUAAAUUUUGUUGUUUGCUGAAAUAUUUUAUUUAGUUAAUUUUAUCACUUUUGGAUAGUUAACAAUUCAGUAAGUAAAGUUUACAGUGAAAAGGGUCACUCCUGGGAACCCUGUCCCCCAAUUACCUAGUUCCACUCCACGGAGGCUACCCAUGUUACCACAUUCUGUGCAUCUUCAGAGAUACCUAUCAUAUACAAGCAAAUAUGAAUAUACAUCUACAUUUUUUCUUCCUAUACAUAAGUUGUAACAUAGCACACAGUUUCACACCAUGCUUUUUCUUCUGAACAUUAUGUUUUGGAGAUCAUUCCAUCUCAGUACCCAAAGUCGUCUUUGUUCUUUUUUCCAUUGGGCAAAUGUAGAAAUUUCUUUAACCAACCCUCUAUGAUUAGGGUGAACAUAUAAUCUAUCUAAAGUGGGACCCUUCAGAGUUGAAAGGAGCACUAAUAAUUACACCGAGAACAGCAGGUAUAAAAUGGCAUUGUUACAAAAAAAAAAAAACAGGUCACCUCAUCUAUGAUGGAUACUUGUUUCCAAUCCUUUAAUGUUACUAAAUUGCAAUGACUAUAAGUAUGUACUUUUCACACAUCCAUAUGCAUCAGUAACAUGAAUAUCUAGAAGUGGAAUUGUGGGCUUUUGUGUCAAUUUGACUCAACAUGGGGUGCCCAAAUUAAAUAUUUUGUCUCUGUGGGUUCUCUUUCUCUGGAGAAUCCUAAUACAUUGGGUAAAAGGUUAUGUGCACUUGAGUUUGGCAGAGAUUGCCAAGUUGUCCUAUUUAGAAGGAUAUAACAAUUCACACUUCCAUCAGUAGGGCAUAAAGAAUGUCUGUGCUAAUUUUUUUUUUUUUUUUGCAGUACGCGGGCCUCUCACUGUUGUGGCGCACAGGCUCCGGACGCACAGGCUUAGCAGCCAUGGCUCACGGGCCCAGCCGCUCCGCGGCAUGUGGGAUCUUCCCAGACCGGGGCGCGAACCAGUGUCCCCUGCAUCGGCAGGCGGACUCUCAACCACUGCGCCACCAGGGAAGCCCUGUGCUGAUUUUUUAAUAAAUCUUUCCCAAUUGACUUAUGAUGUCAUCUUCACAAUGUUUUAACUCCUCAUAUGUAUGUACUAAAGUCUGUUUCUGGGUUGUUCUGUUCUACUGAUCUGUCUAGUUGUGCACCUGAUGUAGUUUUACACUAUCCUUUAAAAAUAAUCUAUUUUUAUAUUACCUUUUCAAAAAUUCCUUAGAAAGUUUCAACUUAUUUUUCUGGAUGAACUAAAGAAUAAUUUAACUAUUAUACCCCUUAAAAUAGAAAUUUUAAUAGUAGCAGUGUUCACCAUGCAAAGGUUAAAUAUCUCCAUUUAUUAGUUCUCUUUCCUGUGGUGGGUAUGAAUGUAUGUAGGUAUACAUAUAAAAUUACCAGUAAUUACAAUUUUGGUCACCUCAUUUAUAAAAGACUUUCUUGCUUCAUGCAUCACUGCAUUGGCAAAAACUUCCUGGACACUAUUAAAUAAUAAUCUGGAUACUGGGAAUUCUAGAUUUUAAUGGAUGUGUCUAAUGCUUCAUUAGGUUAUAACAAUUAACUAUUUAUAGCAUGCUGCAGGUAAAACAUAUCUCCUGCCUCUAUUUCUUUGUAAAGGCUGUUGUUCUUGCCCAAUUUAAAUGCCCCAUUCUGUGUUUUCUAUAGCAUCCUGUGCACAGCUUCAUCACAGCACUUCCUAUACCUGUUCCGUUUACUAAGCUGUACAUUCUUUAAAGAUAGGUACCACAAUUUAGUCUCAUAUUUGUAGAGGAUGGGAGAAGAGAGGGAAGGAGGGAGGAAGAAAGGAAGGCAAGAAGGAGGAGGCAGGCACAGUGCCUGGCUGAUCUUACUGCACAAAUUGAGAGACUGCAUUCAUACACAUGUCAUGUAAAAUGCACUCCUGGAGCACAGAAAUAUGAUGUACACUGUGCUCCUUAGAAUUCUGCAAUGUGGUAGCACUAGUGAAUGGCGCUCAGUAGGUGCUCAAUGCCAGGUACCAGUGACAAACUCUGAUUGUCAAAGAUCCUAGGAGGAAAUUAACAACCUUGAAUGGACUGCAUUCCUGAAAAUGAAAAGCACAUGCUAGAACUGUGAUACCAAUUUCAGAGAUUAAAUUAGGCUCAUGGAUGAGGUUUAUUUUCCAACUCACAGUUUAUGUUAGGUAAAACGGUCUCCAAACCAGAUGUGAAACAGUCACUUAUUCGUGUGGCUGAAAGAGUGAAUUAAGUUAAUUAUAGUCUUUAAACGUUUGAAAACAGUCUGCGGGAAAAAAACCUACAUAGUGCUCAAACUGUACUUCUAAAAAUACUAUUUUAUUUAUACUCAUGUAUGAAAAAAAAGGGCUAUACUACCAUGUUUACAUACAUACCAAUAUUGGAAACAAUUCAAUAAUGAAUCACAUCUAAAUUUUAUAAAGAAUACACAAACAUUAAAAAACACUGAUUGGUUACAGAAAGCAGAGUGGAAGAAAAGAACAUUAGCUAUCAUUUUCAUUUCCAUUAAAGAGCAGCACCCUCUGAGAAGAAUCAAAUCAGUUAGUAAUACUCACCUAUACUGCAAAAUAAUAUAUACAAAGGAAAGUUAGUGAUUGUACUGAUUCUAUUACUUUUACUAAGCCAUUUUAUCUUCCUCUCAAUGCAAAUAAAAUAAUAUGAAGAAAAAUAUGUCCUCACUAUUCACAAUAAAAAGAGUCUGCUUCAUUCUGCAGGCCUGGCAUAUUGUACAAUAGGGAGCACUUCAUGGCUCAAGUGGAUCAAAGUAUCAUUUUGAUUCUGAGCCACCGAAUAGAAUCUCAUGCAUAUUUGGUGACUGGACUAACUCCAUAGGAGCUGUGAUAGAUUGAACCAUUUCUGUGGAAUCCCCAGAUCUCACAAAUAAGAAAAGGCCCUACACAAGAAAAGAUAAGAAUCAAUCUGUCCGUAAAUUCUAUCUAUAGGCUCUUUCUCUAGUGUAAGGUGGAAAAAGGGGCCCUUUCUUGAGUACAUGGAUACAAGUGUUGUUGUGGUCUAAAGAUUGCUGGAUUGAUACUGUCUGAUAUAAUGAAGAUAAGGUAUACACAGAAACCACUGCCAGAUUAAGAAACUUCCACAACUUGUCUCAAUUCUUCAAAUAAUGGAGCAAGUUCCUUUUCUAGGCUGACAAUUAGUCCUAAAACAAAGGGAUUAAGAAAAUUUGAACAUUAGAAAAAUGUUUAUCAAAAUGUAUAAUACUAAAAAAGUGAGACAUAGUUCAUUCUCCAUUACUAAAACAUACUUAAAACAAAAUAUUGUAAUUCUAAAUAAAGUAAUCAAAAACCCAUAUUCAUUAUGAAGUUUAUUUUUAUCAUCUAUUAACAUAAAUAAAUGAAAAUAUUUAUAUGUAUUAGAAGAUGUAAAAUGAAUUACAUAUGUGCUAUAAUUUUGUUAGUUUUGAAAGGAAAACUUUAAUUUAUACCUUAUUAUUUCAAAAUCUGCACUGAUUCAGGAAUAAUACACAUGAUUUUUACUAAAAAAAGGUAUACUUUUUUCCUGAGCCAAUUUUAAUGAACUUUAUCAAGAUAGGUAGAUAGCAAAGGAAUAAUCAAAUAUUUAUUAUAUAAAUUCAAUAAAGCUAAGAUAUAAAUGGGUAUUUCAAAUGAAAACAAUAAUUUUAAAGAUGCUUGGUAGGAGUACAAAACAUACACUGAAAGAAACAAACUAGUCUAGAAAUUAGCUUCUCCUUAGUUUACCAGCGUAGAAGGCUAUAUAUAUCUUAAAUACUGCUUGUUUUAUGCUCAAAUAAAGAUCUUCCUCUGUCUCACAGAGCAUUAAAAGCAUCUGGGAUUCUCAAGGAAAUGUUCUAAGUAUCAAUACUAAAAUACAGUUCUGCACAUUAUCAUAAUUUAUAACAACUGAUGAUUUUAUCACAUGACUGAUUUAUCAGAACUGAGGUUUAAUAUACUUAAAAUAUUGACACCACUACCAUCCUAUACAAUUUAUAAAGUGUUUUCACAUAUGAUAUUUUAUAGCUUCAAAACAUUUAGAAAUGGAAGAGACCCAAUAGAUCAUCAAAUCUAAACCCCUCAUUUUAAAGAUGAGGAAUCUAAAUACAGGCUUCAGUGACAUAGCUGGAAACAAAGCGGGCUCAAAGAGCUUGGAAAGAGAAAAAACAGAAAAGGAAUGCAUAACAGUUCUAACAGUGGUGAAAGCUGAAGGAGACAGGCCUUAAAAAAAUUCCACUUUAACCAAAAGAGGAAAAAAAAUACAAUUCAACUGAAUACUGUCAUUAUUUUACAUGAAAAUAGACAGUGAAGGCUACUGGAUACAAUGAGAUCUUACUAUCCUCUUUAGAAAGUACAGCUUCCCAGUGUUCGUCCUCAAAUUCUUCCACCCUAAAGAAGAAUGAGUAUAUUCAUCCUAGUCACACUCUUUAAAUUCUCAAUCACAUUCAUCUUGCCCACUACUGUUCAACAUUUUAUAGAUUGUUCUAUAUGGAACUGAACUCAUCCUUGAUCGUUUUUACGUGUUCUGUUUGGUUAUCUUCUCUACUCUUCUUUGUUUUCUUAAACUGUUGUAACGUGAGCAAGAUAUAGCAUUCAAGAGGUGAAGAUAACAUUUAAUUUUCCUUUCUAUCUUAAACGAUCACUUACCUAUACAUUGUCUCAUUUGAACUAAAAAAUAA